AACCAUUUAAGCAGAAACACAUCAAGAAGCUAAUUAACUAAUCCAAUAUGGCAUCAAGAACAACAACUUCUACUCGUGUAGAAGUUGCCAUCAAGAUGUCGUACCUCGUCGUGGUCCUCGCCAUCGCGUCGCUCUCGGCAUGCCGCGUCGACGCCACGUCGCGCUCGCUCCUGGUCACCGGCGGCCAAGCCGCGGCGCCGGCGCCGGUGUGGUCGUUCGGCGCGUUGCCGCCAUUGAUCGAGCCGGCGGUGGUCGAGCCGCCUACUGCGGUUGCGCCGGUGCACGCCGUCGCCGUCGGCGAGGCGCCGCCGCCGUUGAAGGAGGAGAGCGGCAGCGGCCAUGUCAAGAAGAGCAAGCACAAGGACGAGGAGAGGGCGCCACCGCCCAAGAAGCACCACGAGAAGGCGCCGCCGAAGUCCAAGCACCACGGCCGCCACGCUCCACCGGAUCAGCCGGAGCUUUCGCCGCCGGCGCCGCCGCCCGAGUCGUACACCCCUGAUGCGCCGCCGGCGCCGGAGGCGGCGAGCCCCCACCACGGCGGCGGCGAGAACCCGGCGUGGCCGCGUCCUGGAAACAACCAGUGGCCACCUCUGCCGCCGUUCAACCAGCCGCCGACGCCGGAAUGGCCGCACCCGGGGAACAAAUGGCCGCCGCUACCGCCGUUCCACCCGCCUCCGACGCCGGCAUGGCCGCAUCCUGGUGGCAACAAGUGGCCGCCGCUGCCGCCGUUCCCGUCUCACCCGCCGCCGACGCCGGCAUGGCCGCAACCAGGCAACAAGUGGCCGCCGCUGCCGCCGUUCCCGUCCCACCCGCCGCCGACGCCGGCAUGGCCGCACCCGGGAAACCAGUGGCCGCCACUGCCGCCGUUCCCGUUCCACCCUCCGCCGAUGCCGGCAUGGCCGCACCCCGGCAACCAGUGGCCGCCACUGCCGCCGUUCCACGGCAGCGAUGUGCCACCGGCGACGAAGAAGAUCACCAAGGAAGAAGUGCACGAGUGAUUCAUGCAAAAAUGCUUGGUGAUCAACUGAAGGAAAUUAAGUAGUAUCAAAUUAAGCCUCGUAAGAUUUAAUCAUUUAGAUAACACAAAAAAUUAGUACGAAUAAAUUUUGAAUUUGGACGGCAUUUGUCCAAGAUGAUUGAUAUUUGAACUUUUCCCCAUGAGGGCAAGGUGAUAUGAAUAAAGCAACCUUACCGUUGAGUUUGCUUAUUGUCUUAA